GGGGUGUAAGAAUGCAUUGUCCAAGUACAAGGAUAGCACCUCUCACAGCCCUGUGCUCCAGGUUUGGAAAAUUGGAAAUGGGACUUUUGUGCCUCACUUGGCUGAGCAAUAUAUUGUUACCAUGCCCCUAGACAUUUUCCUUUGAUAAUGGGAUUAGGAGCACCAACCAUUAUUGAUGCAGGCUCAAUGAGGGUUUAUGGCUGAGAUUACAGAUGUAGUAUAGAGCUGGGAUAUGGAGCACAUUCAUGGUGUUGUACAAUAUUCGGAGGAUGUCUGAAAUGGCUGAAGCCAUGAGCCACCCCUCCAAGAUCUUCAACAGUAAACAAUGCAUCAAGGGUGUUAUCAUAGCAGUGGUGCUGAUGCAGUUAUGUGGGAUGAGCUAUUAUCUUGUCUUCACACUGGGAAAACAGAGACAAAAGAAUGCAUCACAUGUACAAGAUUCUAAUGGUGAUCCACACGUGUAUAAUGUCAAGGUCCUUGAGGAAGUUUUGCAUCCAGGCGGGGAUUCCAAUUUCAAAAUUGAAGGCAAGAAGGUAGCUAAAGUUAUAGGAAAUCUGAGUAAAAAACAGCAAGAUUUUUUUCCAAAAAUCAAAAGUAACAUUUCAGUAUAUACAACACAGUCACAGAGAGUGAAAUUCUCAGAAACACUGCAAAAACAGAAGAGUUUUAAAAAAUUCAACAAAUAUAUAUCGCAAAAAGUGAUUCUUGGUGAAGAUAAAAAAUCAUAUUUCCACAUAGUUGGUACAAAACGUUGUUUUAAGGAAGGGACAAAAAGUUUUACUAACCAAGGAUUAUGUACUUGUUUACCUAACUGGUAUGGCCCACAAUGCAGCAUUCCCGCCUGUGUACACUUCGCUGAUUAUCCACCACGAACACUUCAUGUCAGAAAAAAUCCAAGACGUAUCAUUCAUGCUUUCCCUUUUAAUCAUGAGUUUGAAGCAUUAACGACUCUUCUUCAUGAAGUCGGAGAUGUUGUAGAUCAAUUCAUCAUCGUGGAAUCAAACUACAGUGCAUAUGGAGACAAGAAACAGUUACGACUGCUGAAAGCAUUAAACUCUGGAUUUGGUGCAGAGUAUCAUUCCAAAAUUUUAUACAUAUUUUUAGACCAUUUUCCAGAAGGAGGACGUAAAGAUGGUUGGAUUGCUGAUGCUUACAUUCGAGCUUACUGUGGAAAGAAAGGAUUAAAACACAUUGGGGAUUUAAGACCAGACGACAUUAUGAUUAUAACGGAUGCUGAUGAACUACCAUCACGAGACCUUAUGCUCUUUCUAAAAUGGCACAAUGGCUUCCCAGAGCCUUUUGGAAUAAAAUUCCGCUGGUCGGUGUAUGGGUACUAUUGGAAAAUGCCAGAAAUUUCAAGGAUAAUGGUUGGCUGCUCAAUGUUUAUUUUCAAAUACGUCUUUCAAUAUGACACAAGUGCUCUACGUAAAGCAGUGGAAGGCACAUACUUACUUGAUAAACCCUCUUUGCGCUGGUUAGCUGAUAACGUGACUACAGAGCCUUGGUUUUUUGGUUCCCACAACCACCUGGGGGGCUGGCAUUGCUCUUGGUGUUUCAAACCAAAAGGAAUUGCGACAAAACUGACCUCAGCUCAAAAUGGAGAUUACCCGCGCUGGGGUGACUUCCCAGAGAAGCAGAACCUUACCUAUAUUGCAAACCUGAUUAAGACGGGUACCUGGUUUGACGGCAAUACUUUAGGAGAGGGAGGUGUUGUUUAUGAAACACCUAAAACGGAUCCAUUCUUUGCUCCAUCUUAUUUGCUUAAGAAUCCUGACAAAUUCAAAUACCUAUUAAAAAAUCCAUAUAGAAAACUACAAAAUAGAUACAACCAGGAUUAGAGUUUUCUUUUUUGAAACAUGGACAUUAUGUCCAUGUUUGAAAUUAGAAAUAGUGGUAAUAUAUUCAGUGCUUAUUGAAAUUAUUGUAUGAGAGGCAAUGAUUAAUCAAACUGAAUUAAUUAAUUUUAGAAGUUGAAUGUGUAGAGGUUAGUGAUA